AUGAAUAACGAAUACGAUUAUUUAUUUAAAUUAUUAUUGAUUGGUGAUUCUGGUGUUGGUAAAUCCAGUUUGUUGUUAAGAUUUGCUGAUGAUACAUAUACACCAGAUUACAUUUCAACCAUUGGUGUUGAUUUCAAAAUCAGAACUAUUGAAUUAGAUGGCAAAACUAUUAAAUUACAAAUCUGGGAUACUGCGGGUCAAGAAAGAUUCAGAACCAUCACCUCUUCUUACUAUAGAGGUGCACAUGGUAUCAUUAUUGUUUAUGAUGUAACUGAUCAAGAAUCAUUCAACAAUGUUAAACAAUGGUUACAAGAAAUUGACCGUUAUGCCACCGGUGGAGUAAUGAAGUUGUUGGUUGGUAACAAAGCCGAUUUGUCUGAUAAGAAAGUUGUUGAAUACACAGCUGCUAAAGAAUUUGCUGAUGCUUUGGACAUUCCAUUUUUGGAAACUUCCGCCUUAUCUUCUACAAAUGUUGAACAGGCAUUCUACACAAUGGCAAGACAAAUAAAGGCUCAAAUGACUAGUAAUGCCAAUUCAGGAAACGCUGCCAAUGCCAAGGGUAAAUCCAAUGUCAACUUGAGAGGUGAAUCCUUGACUUCCAACCAAUCCAAUUCUUGUUGUUAA